AUGGCGGCUCAACUCGGCCACCGGAGCAGCCGCAGCGCUCGACGCGUCUCCCACUUCCAACGCACUGCUGACCUCUGUCGUGUUCUAUCAGAGGAUCCACUGGACGCGACGUCCGUGAAGACGGCGGUGCAGUCGUCGCCGUACGUGCAGACGCACACGUCCAGUCGAGUGAUUAACUUUGGCGUCGGUCAGCCGUCUGCGUCGCUGCUGCUCUCUCUGAACACAUUGCGCGACGCUGCGCUCGAUCGGUUCACACCGAGUCAGGACCCACUGAUGCUGCAGUACGGAGCUGCAAAAGGAUUUGUCGGCUUUCGGGAGCAGAUUGCUCAGCUCGUGGCAGGCACCACCUCAAUGGAAGCGGUGGACCCUGACACGCUGAUGGUGACUGCAGGCAAUUCCCAAGCCAUCUCACACGCUGCUCUGGCGUUCGCCAAGACCAACAAGUGCGUGUUUGUGGAAACGCCGACGUACUUUUUGGCCCACGAGAUUUUUCAGGAGCUCGGACUCGACCUGGAAGAAGUGUACAUGGGAGAAGAUGGCAUUGAUCUGGACGCACUAGAAGCGAGGCUGGACGCAGGCCGCGUCCCGGCGUUUCUGUACACGAUUCCGUUCUUCCAUAACCCGACGGGCGCUGUCAUGUCUGCAGACCGUUGCAAACGCCUUGUAGCUCUCGCGCAAAAGUUUGGAUUCCGUAUUGUUUCGGACGAGCCGUACAAUUUGCUUCACCUACACGGCGACGCGUUGCAGCCUCUCGCGUCGUAUGACGACUCUGGUUUGGUUGUAUCGCUCGGGAGCUUCUCGAAAAUCCUUGCGCCAGGACUUCGUCUGGGUUGGGCGCAAAGCAGCAAAGCAACGAUCGACCAGCUGUCGAAAAUCGGUGCGCUUCGUAGUGGCGGCGGUCAGAAUCCUGUCACUGCAGCGCUCGUUCACUCCGUACUGAAGCAGGGCCGUUUGAUUCCUCACAUCGACCACUUGAGACGUGUCUUGAGAUCCCGCAAGACCGCCAUGUGUGCUGCCUUGCGUGCGCAUUGCCCGGACGUCGUCUUUACCGAGCCGUCUGGCGGGUACUUCAUCUGGCUGCAAUUUCCAGAAGGAGUGCAUACGGACUUACUACUCAAGGAAGCCGAGGCUCGACAUGGUGUGGCCUUCACGCCCGGCACACGGUGCUCGAUGAAAACUGCGUCCGGCGAUGGAGCUGGUGAAUCGGUCAUGAACACAGCUGUGACACGAUGUGCGCGCUUGUCGUUUGCGUUCUACAGCGAAGACGAGAUCCGCGUAGGUAUCCAGCGGUUGCAAAGCGCUCUUGCCAGCUUGGAGUAG